AUGGAUAUUAAUACUGAUUCGUACGCUUGUCGAACAGUGUUAUGUAAUCAAGUAGCUGCUGAGAAACUGCAUAUGGUAUUCCUUUAUGGAGUAUUACUAUGCAUGAUGCAGUUUUUGAUCUUUGGUUGUGGCAGGUCCCUUUGUAAAAAAUUUAUGAGCAGCUCCAAGGACUCGACAGCGAAUAUGCAACGUAAAGUAAAACGUGCAGCUGCAGUGGAAGCUUCUAAGGUACAUGAGCAGACUCAUCCAGUUAUAACGGAUGCUUUAUAUCACUGUCCUCCACCACCUAAACCUCCAUUUGCUAUGGGAAAAGGUCGGCGCGGGCCAGUUACGCCUCCAAGUCCUAAUGAAAGUCGUUUGUUGGCAAAUAAUGAUACAUCAAACCAACUAAAUACCGGUGGAGAUGGACACCUUGCAGCAAAUUCUGGUCGUAGUCUUCUAAGCGGAUUGGCAAAUAUUUCAGCAAGUCAUCAAAUUUCCGCUGAUCGGACGAUAAGGCGCGGCCCACAUACUCCACCAUAUCCUCCGAAGUCACCCGAUUCUCGAUCACCAUCACCAGUAAUCACUGAAAAGCCAGUAAGUGUAAAAUCGGUCGCCAAGUCAACAGCACCGAGGGAUCGAAGUCCAGUAAUUGUCCUACCUACAGUUAAUUUGUGUAAACCGAAUUAUUCCGGUAAUACAAGUCUUGGAGGAUACCCUGGCAGCAGUGGUAUACCACAAAUGCCUUGUUUCGGUUCCUUACCGGGUUUACAUGUGCAGCCAUUUCUGAUGAUGCAGCCGCCCUCAACAUCCGCCACUCUGCCUCCGUACAUGAAUACACAGACGAACAACCAUACAACUGGAAUUUUUCAAACCUCUGGUUGGUCAGCAGAUGCUGGCUUUGGAGUUUGUCCUCCCUUCAGUUACGCUUCAUCAGUUCCGAACGAACGUGUACUCGGUCCUGAAGUACUUGCCGUUCCUCCACCACCGCCGCCACCUCCACCACCAAAUGAUAUGCGACUAGUGUCACAGUCGAGUUUUUGCGUAAAGAACAGCAACGCGUGUUUUGUUAAAAGCGAUCCAAAACCAGAGACUGCUACUGUUAUCAAGCCGAAGGGUAUACCAAUGGCUUUGGAUCCGAUACUGCUUGAUCUCGCUGACCUGUCUCCGAAACCACGAGUUUCUAAGUCAACAAAGCCUUCGCGCUUUCAAAGUGAAAAAAAGAAAUUAUCCAUGAGCAGAGACUCAGUUGUUAAAGAGAGUCGCGGUGCCCCGGACAUAAAAAGUAGUGGACAGAAGUGUGGUUUAAAGCUAGGUGGGACUGGAAAAAAGGAAAGUGGUAAAAAGACAAAAGAAGGGGUCAACAUGGUUAAAGUUCCAAAACCGUCCGAAAAAAUUCAACGUAAAGAAUUGGAUGGUGUAAGAAAUAAGAAUCCGAAACCAGUUGCUGAUGGUCCACACAAAACCAUUCGGGUAACUAAUAACUCUCUUGAAUCGACGAGAACUGAUGGAAAAGUAAGUAAGAACGCAUUGGGCAGUGCUUUUCCAGUUGGUGGCACUGAUUCGUUAGCAAAAGUUGUGGCUGAUGGAAAAAUAAUGAAAGCAGAUAAAAGUAAGACGGAUGUUACUAUUAUCAAAACUGGUGAAAUCCAACGAUCUGAAGUGAAUUUGGAAAUUAAGCAGGUAGCAGACAGUGAUAUACUUGAGAAACAAUUGAGUGUCUCUAAUUUGGAGGAUGAAGAAAAACCGCAUCGAGAAACUGAAGAUGUUCGAGGGGUUGAAGAGAUGGUUGUGAAAAGGAUUCUCUUUGUUCCAGAGGAUGAUUUGAAUGAAGAUGAAUUGGUGUCAUCUACUGAUUCUGAAAGAAACCUUACUCCGGAUAAUACUCGGUUUUUCGGAGUCUCUGGGAUCUCAUCAAAUGAAAAUCAUGAAGAUGGAGUUGUUGAACUUGGACCACCAGCUUCUCCAAUGCCUGGAGUGUGUGAACGUGAACAUUCAUCUCCAUCAACAAGUGGUUUCACUGAUUCUACACCAUGUGGUUUAUUCAAGCAGGCAACCGCGAUAGAUGUUGCAGGUUGUUCGAAAACACUGUAUGGCAAUAAAAGUGUAUUACGACAUAAAAAGACUCAUGAUCAGCUGCCUAAGAUUUCUGAGAAGUUUCGAAAGUAUAUUCAUGUCGUGACGCAUCCAAAUGGUGGCGCUUCGAUGCUUAAGGCAGAUUGGUCGAAAAUUAAGGACCAUUUCAGCGGUUCCGAACUGGAUGAGUUUACCAUGGAGUUUGUGACAUUCGGUUUGGCUGAAGUUAACAGCACACCUGUCUUUGUAAUCGCUGUUAUUGAAAACGCUGCCGAAUACCUUCAGAAUGGUUUGGAAUAUUUUGCCAAGAAAUUUCCCCAUAUGCCGGUAAAGAUUGGAUCACUUACCAGUAAGCAGUGUGUUAGUACAACGACUGUUUCGGAAUAUUAUAGUCAUGUUAUGGAGACUUGUCAUCAUGGAACUUUUAGAUAUGGUCCAUUGCAUUCGCUGAGUCUGGUGGGAACGAGACAGGAAGAAUGUGGCAAUUAUUUCAAAGAACUGAUUGAGUGGUUGGAAAUGUUCCCAAUGCUUAAGCUCCUAAUGCCUUGGGGUGAAUGGUCUGGAGCAGAUCUCGAAAGUCCUUCUGAUAGUGAUGAUGGACCCAUUUUUUGGGUGCGUCCAGGCGAACAGAUGAUAAGGACUGAUGAGAUGAAGGAAGAUUUGUCGUCCAGAACUCGAAAGCGAAGCACAUCAGUUCGACCGCAUGUACCUUCCUACAGGUGCCGAGAGCCACGUGAGUUCUUUUUCGAAGAUCGGACACCGUGUCAUGCAGAUCAUGUAGGUGAUGGAUUGGAAAGGCGUACAACGGCUGCAGUUGGUGUGCUUCAGUCAAUCUAUGGACCAACGGAAAAGAAGAAGAGUAAAAUAGGAAGAAGGGCGGUGAAAGAUGUCGUCUGUUUCCAUGCGAGUGACUUUGAAAGAAUUGUUGAUGAGUUACAGUUGGACCUUUAUGAACCUCCGAUGUCACAAUGCGUACAAUGGGUUGAAGAAGCAAAACUAAAUCAGCUAAGAAGAGAAGGAGUUCGUUAUUCACGCUUUUUGUUGCAUGAUAACGAUGCUUACUUUCUGCCUCGGAAAAUAAUCCAUCAGUUUCGAACUAUAAGUGCUUGCGCUUCUAUUGCCUGGCAUGUACGUCUUAAGCAGUACUACAAUGACAAUGCGGAAAUGGAAGCAGGUGAAAAUGGAGAGAUUGUAAAAGAAGAGACUGUGGAAGAGAAUGAAAAUGGAAAUCCUCGAAAACGGAAGAAAGAUGACAAGAGAAAGUGUGGAAAGUGCAAGGGAAAAGACCGCGCGAAAAUAGCGAGACGUUCGGAUGAUUGUGGACCAAAAUCUUCGAAAUGA